GUACAUCGAGCACGAGAGGGAGAGAAGAGUGUGAGCGCAGCAGCUGAGUGAGCAAACACAGACAGAAAUAUUAGGUUAUCUUCUGAGACUAUCAGACAUCGACUUGACACUUUUAACGCUUCGAGCCGAGUCCCGUCUACUCGAAGCGCCGUGGUCUGCUCGAGCAGCGGCCGUCUGCGUAAAACUCCCAACCGCGGUUGUCUCAGCUGGCAUGAGCUAACCUACCAGACUGACAUGGAAACCAAACCAUUCCUGUCAUUGGGGUUCCUGAAGCCCCAGUGCUCACUGGCUCCUCCCAUGCAGCGAGGUCGCUCAGGCGAGGUUUGUACCUGUUUCAGUGGCAUGUGUCCCCUCCAUCACCGUCGCCUGACCUCAGACUCUUCAGACCAGGUGUCCUCCUCACCCCUGGGCUCACCCACAUCCCACCGGGGAAUGCAUCCAUCUCUGCUCAGCCCAACGUCCAUGGGGCCCUCCGGCUCUCUUCACUCUCCCAUCAGCACGCUGAGUUCACCGAUGAACGGCCUGGCCUCACCCUUCUCCGUUAUCAGUUCGCCCAUGGGCCCCCACUCUAUGAACUCACCUGGCAUGGGCUUUGGCCCCAGCGUCAGCCCCCAGAUGUUCCAGCUGAACUCGCCGAUGAACUCAGUCAGCAGCACAGAGGACAUUAAGCCCCCCCUGGGCCUCAACGGGAUGAUGAAGGUGCCCGCCCAGCCCUCAGGCACAGCCCUGUCGCUCACCAAACACAUCUGUGCAAUCUGUGGUGACCGCUCCUCAGGUAAACAUUAUGGGGUAUACAGCUGUGAGGGCUGCAAAGGUUUCUUCAAAAGGACGGUUCGCAAAGACCUGACCUACACCUGUCGUGACAACAAGGACUGUGUCAUUGAUAAGCGCCAGAGGAAUCGUUGCCAGUACUGCCGCUAUCAGAAGUGUUUAGCCAUGGGCAUGAAGAGAGAAGUUUUGUUACAUGCAGCCGUUCAGGAGGAGCGCCAGCGAGCCAAGGACAAAAAUGAGAAUGAGGUGGAGUCCACCAGCUGUGCCAACGAGGACAUGCCCGUGGAGAAGAUCCUGGAAGCUGAGCAGGCGGUGGAACCCAAAUCCGAGACCUACAUUGAGACCAACCUUGGUGCGCCGUCCAACUCGCCCAAUGACCCUGUGACAAAUAUCUGUCAGGCAGCUGACAAACAGCUCUUUACCUUAGUGGAGUGGGCCAAGAGGAUCCCCCAUUUCUCUGAGCUGCCGCUGGACGACCAAGUCAUCCUUCUACGAGCAGGUUGGAAUGAACUCCUCAUUGCAUCAUUUUCACACCGCUCGAUAGCGGUUAAGGACGGGAUUCUGUUGGCAACUGGGCUGCACGUCCACCGCAACAGCGCCCAUAGUGCCGGAGUAGGAGCCAUCUUUGACAGAGUGCUUACAGAACUGGUGUCUAAGAUGAGGGAUAUGCAGAUGGAUAAGACAGAACUGGGGUGCCUCCGAGCUAUCGUCCUUUUCAACCCAGACUCUAAAGGUCUGUCCAACCCAGGUGAGGUAGAAGCUCUUAGAGAGAAAGUCUAUGCGUCUUUAGAGGCCUACUGCAAACAGAAGUACCCCGAGCAGCCUGGCAGGUUUGCCAAGCUGUUGCUGCGGUUACCAGCGCUGCGCUCCAUCGGGCUCAAGUGUCUGGAGCACUUGUUCUUUUUCAAACUCAUCGGUGAUACGCCCAUCGACACCUUCCUAAUGGAGAUGCUAGAAGCCCCACAUCAAAUGACAUAAUAACAGAGAGGGUUGAAGCCUCCUCCCCCUCUCCUCCUCUCUCCUCCCCUGCAUCUCCCAGCUAGCCCUAGGUCUGGAGCAGGGUCCUUUUUAAAAUGCCAUCCUCGGCUAGGGACAGAUGACAUAACAACUUUGGAUGGAGAAACUAUCCCCUUCUCUCCUCAGCUCCCCCUCAUAUGUUCUAAAACAAUGAACAACAUGUCUAUGGGUCUGUUUUAUACCUUGU